AUGACAAAGCUGUACUCGUGGACAAAGGAAGAAAGUGUUCUAGGAAUCAGCCACAAGUUGUUUGAGCAGAUUGCUAGUGGACGGAAGGGAAAAGGAAGUGAUGAAAAACUUAAGGAAAUCUUUCUUCAACUGCCUGGUCUUGUGGUUCUUGACGAAGGGCACACGCCUCGCAAUCAACAGAGUCUUGUCUGGAAGGUUUUGACAAGAGUUAAGACAAAAAGAAAGAUAAUCCUCUCUGGAACUCCUUUUCAGAAUAACUUCGAAGAGUUGUAUAAUACUCUUUGCCUGGUAAACCCAAAGCUUUCUGGUUCAGUGACCUCUGAGCGUUGCAGCAGAAGAUGGCAGCGGAAGAGCAAUGUGGAGAAAGAGAGAUGGGUUUCCUUGACCAAUGCCAUUGAUAACAACUCUGACAAUGCAGUAGAGGAGCUCAAAGCUAUGAUAGAUCCUUUUGUACAUGUACACAAAGGUUCUAUACUAGAGGAGAGUCUCCCUGGUCUGAAGGACACACUUGUUAUUUUGCGGCCAACUGAUGAGCAGAAGGGCAUUCUUCAGCUUAUAUCGGAUGAUUGGAGCAGGUUUGACCAAGUACAUUUGGUGUCACUCAUCUCUGUCCACCCCUCAUUGGCUGCUUUCAGUAAACGCUUCUCUGCUGACAAAGACAGACUAGGGGUACUUGAUUGUAGUCCUUAUGCUGGAGUAAAGACGAAAUUUGCCAUUGAGCUCAUCCGAUUAUGUGAUGCAUCGCAUGAGAAGGUUUUAGUUUUCAGCGUAUUUAUUCACCCUUUGAGAUUCAUAAUGCAGCAGUUGAUAGAUCAGUUGAAGUGGAGGGAAGGCAUAGAAGUGCUGUAUAUGGAUGGAAAACGUGACGAGAAGAAUCGCCAGUCAUCAAUUAGUUCUCUGAAUGAUCCCUCCAGUAAGGUGAAAGUUCUUUUUGCGUCCACAAAAGCUUGUUCUGAAGGAAUAAAUCUAAGUGGGGCUUCAAGAGUUGUUUUGUUAGACGUUUUCUGGAAUCCUGCAGUUGAAAGGCAAGCAAUAAGCAGAGCAUAUAGACUUGGCCAAAAGAAGUCUGUCUAUGUUUAUCAUUUGAUAACCUCUGGGACCUUGGAGGUUGAAAAGUAUGCUCAACAGACUAACAAAGAUCGCUUGUCUGACUUGGUAUUUUCUUCUCAAGACAGGCAAAGGAACAAGUCUAGAAUCUCAUCUGUUUUCAAGGAUAAAAUCUUGGAAGGAAUGCUUGACAACAAAAUGCUGAAUGAUAUCUUUGAGAAUGUUAUUCACCAGCCGAAGGAAUCAAAUGCAUUUUCAAACUUCAAUUAUGUUGAGCACAAGCAAUAG